AUGCGCCAGCUCUCUGAUGAAUCAAAGGCAUUCUACAUAGCCGUUUACGAAGAAGUCCAGAAGAUUCCUGCGGGUAAAGUAACGUCCUAUGGCCACAUCGCAAAACUCAUAUAUCGGCCCCAAAAUUCCAGACAAGUGGGCCAAUGUCUGAAAUAUUUGCCUCGCGAAGCGAUCGAAGGCAACGAAUUAUCACAAGAGUUCAAUGUGUCGAACGUGCCUUGGUGGAGAGUGAUAUCCUCCAGCGGAAUUAUAUCUCCUAGAGACCGCACCGAUGGCGUCAGACUACAGAAACAAAAACUGGAAGAGGAAGCAAUAGUUGUUACCGAUCAAAACCGAGUUUCUCUUAGCGAAUACGGCUGGUUCCCCGCUACAGACUUUGACGAAAGUGACGAUGAUUAG